AUGGUGGCCGACUGCACGGAGGUGGUGGCCGUGGAUUCCACCCCGAGGGGCCCCUUAGGAGCCGUCCGCGCAGGUUCGCGGCACGUGGCUCAGCACGUGGCUCAGCACGUGGCGGAGUGCCUGACUCCUGGAGCCCUGGAGCCGCCGGCCUCGGUCGCCGAGGCGGUGUCGUCUCUGACCAUCGCCGACGCGUUCGUCGCGGCCGGCGAGAGCCCCGCCCCGCCGCCCCGUGCGCCCCCUCGGAGGUUCAUCUGCUCCUUCCCCGACUGCAGCGCCAAUUACAACAAGGCCUGGAAGCUAGACGCGCACCUGUGCAAGCACACGGGGGAGAGACCAUUUGUUUGCAGCCAUGAAGGAUGUGGCAAAGCCUUUGUCCGGGACUACCACCUGAGCCGCCAUGCCCUGGUUCACACCGGAGAGAAGCCCUUUGUUUGUGCAGCGAGCGGCUGUGAUCAGAAGUUCAACACAAAAUCAAACCUGAAGAAACAUUUUGAACGCAAACAUGAAAACCAGCAAAAACAAUAUGUGUGCAGGUUUGAAGGCUGUGAGAAGGCCUUCAAGAAACACCAGCAGCUGAAAAGCCACCAGUGCCAGCACACCCACGAGCCGCUGUUCAGGUGCACCCACGAGGGAUGCGGAAAACACUUUUCCUCCCCCAGCAGUCUGAAGCGGCACGGGAAGGUCCACGAGGGCUAUGUAUGUCAAAAAGAAUGUUCUUUUGUGGCAAAAACGUGGACAGAACUUUUGAAACACAUGAGAGAAACUCAUAAAGAGGAAAUAACAUGUGACGUAUGCCAGAAGACAUUUAAACGCAGAGAUUACCUGAAGCAGCACAUGAAAACUCACGCCCCAGAGAGGGACGUCUAUCGGUGUUCACGAGAAGGCUGUGGCCGCACCUACACCACCGUGUUCAACCUCCAGAGCCACAUCCUCUCGUUCCACGAGGAACAGCGCCCAUUUGUGUGCGGAAACGCCAGCUGCGGCAAGACCUUCGCCAUGAAACAGAGUCUCACCAGGCAUGCUGUUGUGCACGACCCUGACAAGAAGAAAAUGAAGCUCAAAGUGAAACCAGCUCGUGAAAAACGGAGUCUGGCCUCUCGGCUCAGUGGGUACAUCCCUCCUAAAAGGAAACAGGACCCAGGCGUGUCUUUGCCUAGAAACGGAGAGUCACUGGACAGCACUGAAGGUGGGGUGCCCUCCGCUGUUGUGAUGCUGAGCCCAGAGACACACCAGCCUGCUUUGUUUGAAGGACCACAGACCACCCAGUGCAGUUAUUUUCUAUCAGAAGCAUGUUUUUAUUAAAAUCACUGGUGCGGAA